AGACCUCCCAGUUAUAAAGACUCACAUCAAAUUAUGCACUUCAACAAUACACAUAAAUCCCCGUCAUGGCAGCCAGACAGAAUUUCGUUGGUAACAAGCCCGUAGAAUCUUUCCCUCCUGAAGCCAUCCAGAAAAUUCCCGAUGACGAGCUGACAAAGAGAGAAGCAGAGAGGCUGUCGAAAGGGGACUCGAAACAACCUGGAGCGAACAAGAGGGCUGGUGCCGCGACAAGGAAUCCAGCGGACUAUGAUACGACGGGACGAGGGGGGCAAGGGAAUACUCAACCGGUCGAAGAUCCUGUCAUUUGAAUCAGCUGUUUGCAAGACGAUGUGCUCUCGACAGGUUUGACAUGGGAAGCUACCAUGCAUACAGUGGGAACGUGAAAAUUUGACGUCUGUAUUUACUGGCACGAAAGCGAGGUGCAGAUGGU